CUCUUCUUCACCCUUCCCAUAUCCUGUCAAUUUUGUGAUCAGCAGAGUUUCUGCUCUCUGAUGAGUUCCGUUUCUAUACAGGUGCUACGGCAAUUCUAGUCGACACCUGUUUUCUGCGCGAGUUUUUUUCUCUUAAAAAAACACAUCUAUCGCUGAUUCGUGACGCUUUCAAAGCUGAAAAGCUUUCGCAUACCUAAUUUCCCCCUUUUUAUUCGAUCGUGAACGACUUCGGAUUGUUCCCUUGAAUUCGUCGGAAAAAUCCCGCAAUGUUUAGGAACACCGCCUUGAAGGCCACCCACAGCAACAUGCUGCGUGGUGUUGCCAGCUCGACCUCUCGCCGGGCUUUCCACCUCACCUCUACUGCUCGCAGUGCCUCUAAGACCUCCACCUUCGGUCUGACUUCUCGCCGUCCCCUCGCUGUCGUCGACCGUGCCUUCAAUGGCGCUCGCCUCUAUGCUUCGUCUGCGGAGGGUAACGCUCCUGGAGUGGACCCCAACGAUUCUUUCCUGCAGGGCAGCACUGCCAACUAUAUUGACGAGAUGUACCUCGCCUGGAAGCGGGAUCCUUCCAGCGUCCACAUCUCGUGGCAGACAUACUUCAAGAACAUGGAGGAUGGCAACAUGCCCAUCUCCCAGGCUUUCACUCCUCCCCCGACUCUCGUCCCCACCCCUACCGGUGGUGUGCCUCAGGACAUGCCCGGCCAUGGACUCUCUGCUGGUGCCGAUGUGACAAAUCACUUGAAGGUGCAGCUGUUGUGCCGUGCCUAUCAGGCCCGUGGUCACCACAAGGCUAAGAUCGACCCUCUGGGCAUCCGCGGCGACGCCGAGGCCUUCGGCUACAGCAAGCCAAAGGAGCUCGAGCUCGACCACUACGGCUUUACUGAGCGUGAUCUGGACCAGGAGUUCGCUCUCGGCCCCGGCAUUCUGCCCCGUUUCCUCACCGAGACCCGCAAGAAGAUGACUCUGCGCGAGAUCAUUGCCGCCUGUGAGAAGAUCUACUGUGGCUCCUACGGUGUUGAGUACAUUCACAUUCCGGACCGCAAGCCUUGCGAGUGGAUCCGUGACCGCUUCGAGAUCCCCGAGCCCUACAACUACUCGGUUGACGACAAGCGUCGCAUCCUCGACCGUCUCAUCUGGUCUUCGAGCUUCGAGUCCUUCCUGGCCACCAAGUUCCCUAACGAUAAGCGUUUCGGUCUGGAGGGCUGCGAGACCCUUGUGCCUGGUAUGAAGGCUCUGAUUGACCGCAGUGUCGACUACGGUAUCAAGGAUAUCGUUAUUGGUAUGCCUCACCGUGGUCGUCUUAACGUCCUGUCCAACGUCGUCCGCAAGCCCAACGAGUCCAUCUUCAGCGAGUUCGCCGGUUCCACCGAGCCUUCCGAUGAGGGCUCUGGUGAUGUCAAGUACCACUUGGGUAUGAACUUCGAGCGCCCUACCCCCUCCGGCAAGCGUGUCCAGCUGUCUCUGGUCGCCAACCCCUCUCACUUGGAGGCCGAGGACCCCGUCGUGCUGGGCAAGACCCGCGCUAUUCAGCACUAUAACAAUGAUGAGACCAAGUUUGACAGCGCCAUGGGUGUUCUGCUCCACGGUGACGCUGCUUUCGCUGCUCAGGGUGUUGUCUACGAGACCAUGGGCUUCCACUCUCUGCCCGCCUACUCCACCGGUGGUACCAUCCACAUCGUCGUGAACAACCAGAUCGGUUUCACUACCGACCCCCGCUUUGCCCGUUCUACCCCCUACUGCUCGGACAUUGCCAAGUCUAUUGACGCCCCCGUCUUCCACGUCAACGCUGACGACGUCGAGGCCGUUAACUACGUUUGCCAGGUUGCUGCUGACUGGCGUGCCGAGUUCAAGUCUGACGUUGUUGUUGACAUCGUCUGCUACCGUAAGCAGGGUCACAACGAGACUGACCAGCCUUCCUUCACCCAACCUCUGAUGUACAAGCGUAUUGCCUCCCAGAAGGCCCAGCUCGACAAGUACAUCGAGAAGCUGAUCAACGAGGGUACCUUCACCAAGGAGGAUAUUGAUGAGCACAAGAAGUGGGUCUGGGGCAUGCUGAACGACAGCUUCGACCGCAGCAAGGACUACCAGCCCACCGGCAAGGAGUGGCUGACCUCCGCCUGGAACAACUUCAAGACCCCCAAGGAGCUGGCCACCGAGGUUCUUCCCCAUCUUGAGACCGCUGUUGAGACCAAGUCUCUCCAGCACAUCGCCGACAAGGUCAGCGGCAGCAGUGUGCCUGAGGGCUUCACUCUCCACCGCAACCUGAAGCGUAUUCUUGCCAACCGCAAGAAGAGCGUCGACGAGGGCAAGAACAUCGACUGGGCUACCGCUGAGGCUCUCGCUUUCGGUUCGCUCGUUGACGAGGGCUACCACGUCCGUAUUUCCGGACAGGAUGUUGAGCGUGGUACCUUCUCUCAGCGUCACGCCGUUCUGCACGACCAGGAGACCGAGGCUACCUACACUCCCCUCCAGAACAUCACUGACAAGCAGGGCAGCUUCGUCAUCUCCAACUCUUCCUUGAGCGAGUUCGGCACUCUCGGUUUCGAGUACGGUUACUCUCUGACCUCCCCCGAGGCUCUCGUCAUGUGGGAGGCUCAGUUCGGUGACUUCGCCAACAACGCUCAGUGCAUCAUUGAUCAGUUCAUUGCUGCUGGUGAAUCCAAGUGGCUGCAGCGUUCCGGUCUGGUUGUCUCUCUGCCCCACGGUUACGACGGCCAGGGUCCUGAGCACUCUUCCGGUCGUAUGGAGCGCUGGCUGCAGCUUUGCAACGAGGAGCCCCGCGUGUUCCCCUCUGCUGACAAGCUGGACCGCCAGCACCAGGACUGCAACAUGCAGAUUGUCUACAUGACUGAGCCUUCCAACAUCUUCCACGUCCUCCGUCGCCAGAUGCACCGCCAGUUCCGCAAGCCCCUUGUCAUCUUCUUCUCCAAGGCGCUCCUGCGUCACCCCAUUGCCCGCUCUGACCUGGAGGCCUUCACCGGUGACUCUCACUUCCAAUGGAUCAUCCGUGACCCCGCCCACAAGACCGAGGCCAUCGAGGCUCCCGAGAAGAUUGAGCGUGUCAUCAUGUGCUCUGGCCAGGUCUACGCCGCUCUUGUCAAGCACCGUGAGGCCAACGGUAUCCGCAACACUGCCAUCACUCCUGCACCCUUCCCCUGGGACCAGCUGAAGGAGAACCUGGACAGCUACCCCAACGCCAAGGACAUCGUCUGGUGCCAGGAGGAGCCCCUGAACGCCGGUGCCUGGUCGUACGUCCAGCCCCGUAUUGAAACCAUGCUCAACUCCACUGAGCACCACAACCGCCGCCACGUCCUGUACGCUGGUCGUGCUCCUAGCGCUUCCGUGGCCACCGGUCUCAAGGCUGUUCACUUGAAGGAGGAGCAGGAGUUCCUGGAGGAUGCUUUCUCCGUUCACCAGGACCGCCUGAAGGGCGAGUAA